AUGGCACUACGUCGCUCUCGUCGAUCGCAUGGUCCAGUGGAAGACUACCUGGACCCAGGCACUAACAUGAGGACCAGAUCCAAAAGAUUUACUCGAGCCUCUGCUGCUGCAGCGUCAGGAUCGGUGACUGUCUCCCGAUCCUCCGAGGAUCCGCCAGGAGAGCCGAACAGAACUCUUCGUCUGACUGUAAAAAUGCCCGCCGGGAAGCUGCGCGAGGCUACCGGAGGCCGACCAGGGCGGCGCUCUGUCAAUGUCUUCCAGGAGAACCCCAUUGUGUCGGGGCCUCGAGCAAGUCGCAAUAAAAGGAAGAUCGUGGAAGUCCCUACGUCUGACGAUGAGGAUAUUGAAGACCAAGAAGAAGAUGAGGUCGACGAUGAAGACGAAGAUGCCCCCGGCGAAGAUGACGAGGACGCCGACGCAGAUGGGGACAUCGACAUGGAUGACGCUCCCCCUCAACCUCCAGCCAGGCGAGCCGCCAAAGCAGCAACAUCGACCCGUGGAAAGACCGCCAAAAGUGUCGAAGCCAAAGAGAUGGAGUUAGAGGAGGAAGAGGAAGAAGAGGAAGAGGAGGACGAAGAAGACGAAGAGGAAGAGGAAGAGGAGGAAGAGGCGGAUUCAGAUGCUGAUGCUGAUGGUGAGCCCGAUGACCAGGACGAGAGUGCUGUUCCGGAAGUCAAUGUCGACGACCUCGAUGAAGAGGAUGAAGAAGACGACUUGGAAGAUGACUUGGACAGUGAGGGGGUGGGCAUGAAGCAGACAACCAAACGCCAACGAGGAAAUUUGGGCAAUGACUUCUUGCAACUUCCGAUGGAACCCCAAGUCAAGAAACACUUGACAGCCGAAGAGCGUGCUAUGCGCAGAGCCGAAAUGGCUCGUCGACGGAAGAACCUGAGCGAAAAGCGAAACGAAGAGGAAAAGAUGGACACAAUCAAUCGGCUCUUACGAAAACAACCACCGAAACGUCGUGGCAGAGCUGCUGCCGCCGAUGGAGCGGACACCACCCCGGCUGAGCAAGAGCCCACGGAGCCUGAGAAGGCAGAUCCCACCAUGAUCCGAUGGACGAGUAGCCAAAGCGGCUGCAAGGUUGGUGUGCCUGAAGAAUGGCUCGGUACACCCGCGGGUCGGGUAUUUGGCACACCCGUUGCCGCUGGAAGCGGGAAAAUGGUGGAGGAAUUAUGA